CAAUACUCGUGUGAUCCAGGUCGGGUCAGAUCCUGUUCGAGCGGUGGACGAUAGGGUUCUACAACGUGAUAUUCACCGCGCUGCCGCCGUUCGCCAUCGGUCUCUUCGAUAAACUCUGUUCGCCUGAAAUUAUGUUAAGGCACCCGAUCCUGUACAUCCCGUCGCAGCAGGGGCUGCUGUUCAACGUGCGCGUGUUCUGGGUGUGGGCCAGCAACGCGCUGCUGCACUCCGUGCUGCUGUUCUGGCUGCCGAUGCUGCUGGCCAGCCACCACGUCCUGUGGCCCAACGCCCGGGACGGAGGGUACCUCGUCAUGGGGAACUUCGUCUACACCGUGAGUCGAACCAACGUUAUAGUCAUAUCAAGUAUUCAUGUUCUCUAGAACUUCAAAUUUAUCACGUAAGGUUUUCAGUUUUGAAUAUUAAUUAAGAUAAGCGACUUUUCAAAUUC